GGACACAGCGUUUGGGGAGAGGAAAAGGCUCCGUCGGGCAGAAAACCCGCAACGCCGGCGAGGCGGCUCACGGCGACCGCCUUCCCCCGCGCGGAGCCCGAACCCGCACGGGCCCCGGGGCGGGGGGAGCGAGCCGGGCGGUCUGAGCGAGGUUUGGCGGGGAGGCGGUUUCCAGCCGGACGCUUUUGUACCGCGGGACGGCGGCCAUGGCGGCCGCUGCGGCCUGAGGGGGAACCAGGCGGCGGCUGGGGGGCGCGGGCCCGCCAUGUUCUCCAGGGCGUUCCGGGUGAGAUCCAACACCGCCAUCAAAGGGUCCGACCGGAGAAAACUACGAACCGAUGUUGCGGCAGCUUUUCCUAACCUUAGUGCUGAACAAUUGACUGAGUUUAUUCCAAACAAGGAAGAGCUUAAUGUCAUCAAAAUAUACUCUCACAAAGGGGAGGCCAUCACUGUUUACAUGAAUAACAGGAACCCAAUACUGUUUGAAAUUGAGAAAGCUCUGUAUCCAACAGUGUACACUCUGUGGGUCUACCCAGAUCUUCUCCCUGCUUUUUCAACAUGGCCCCCUGUGCUACAGAAACUAGCAGGAGGAGCAGAUCUGAUGCUGCCAGGAGUUGUAGUGCCAUCUUCUGGCUUUCCUCAAGUAGAGCGGGGCACGCUCUGUGCUGUCACCCUCUUGGGAAACAGAGCUCCAGUAGCAGUUGCAGUUGCCACUAUGUCCACUGCAGAGAUGCUGGCUGCUGGAAUGAAAGGGAAGGGCUUUGCUGUGUUGCACACUUACAUGGAUCACCUCUGGGAAUAUGGUGACAAAUCUUAUCCUCCUACCUUAGCUCCCUUGGUAACAGAUUCUGCUGAAAAGGAGAGUGCUGAAGAUGAGGAAGAGAUGGAGGGGAAAGAGCCUGUCAUCAGCUUCUCCACUGACCCAUUGCAGCAUGUGGACGUUGGUGAUUUGAGCCUGAAGGGGCGAGACAGUUGUACAAUACUGUUGGGAAAGGAGGAACUCAAUGAGAACAGAGCUGCAGAAACAGCUGAAGACGCCAACACAGAGGUUCAGCAGGAAGCUGAAGACAGUAGGACUCCACAAGAGCAAAUGGAUGCAUUAUUUAAUCAGUGCUUUUUUCAUGCCUUAAAAUGCAAAGUAAAGAAGUCGGAUCUCCCUCUGCUCACCAGCACAUUUCUACGCAGCCAUAUGUUCUCAUGCUGCCCUGCUGGACAACAAUUGGACAUAAAGAAAUCAAGCUACAAGAAGUUCUCUAAAUUCCUGCAAUGUAUGCAGCACCAGAAGAUCUUACAAGUGAAGGAGCUGAACAAAGGUGUGGAGAGCAUCGUGGAAGUGGACUGGAAACAUCCAGACAUUAAAGCAUUUGCAGUACCUGAAGGAUUUUCUUCAGCCUCUGCUGGCCAAGACAGCAAGAGUGAAGACAGAGAAAAAGUGUACCAUGCUCCUGAAAUCAUUCCACUUUAUGGGGUCUCAACAAAAAUGAUCCCACUCUUUCAGGAAUCUGGACACAGAAAAGGCAGCAUCCUCUCAAGCAGCGAGGUGAGAAACAUCAUCAUUAACUAUGUGAAGACUAAUGAGUUGGUUGAUGAAACAAACAAAAACUUUGUAAAGGUGAAUGCCAUUCUGUGCGACUGCCUGUUAGAUAAAUCAGAACAAGAUGAAAUCUCAAAACUUAAAUGGGAUGACCUCUUGAGCAGGUGCCUUGAACGACUGCAGCCCUUACACCAGGUAACAUUUUUUGGACAAGAACCUAUUGUGAGGAAAGGAAAUAUUGAGGCCAUCGACAUAACCAUAGCACAGAGAUCAUCAAAUAAAAAGGUGACAAUUAUCAAGAACCUUGAGCUGUAUGGUCUAGACCCACAGUGUGUGGCCAACAUUCUGCAACAGAAAGUACAAGCCAGUGCCACCAUCACCCCAGUACCAGGAACAAAAGACAGAGUUCAGGUCCAGAUCCAAGGCAACCAAAUCCAUCAUCUGGCCAAGAUGCUGCUAGAAGAAUACCAGCUACCUCGGAAAUAUAUUCAAGGCCUUGAGAAGGCUCCAAAGCUUGGCCGGAGGAAGUAAGAGAAAAAUCUACUAGGGAAGACUGAACCUGGCUGUGUGCAGCGUGCUCGGUACAAAGCACUGAGAGUAAACAUGGGGACCAUCCUCUCUCAGACUGGCAUCCCUGGAGCCUUCAGUGAUCCCUGCAUGGCAUCAGCAAGAUCAGGGUCUCGGUUAGAGUUAUGGCAGUAACCGAGGCUCCCGCUCAAGGAUUUUUAUGAAGGAUGUGCAGUGCAUGCAUUGGAGACGGUGGGAGCCCUGAGAGAGGGAGAGAGACUUCUGUCCUCUCCUAGCUCCACGUAGAGAGCAAAACCUGGUGACCAUCCUGGACAAGCAGGCAGAGCACCGAUUGCGAGUGGGGAGGGAGGGAAGGAGAACACGACAUGUACAGAGUGGCACAGGGCAGGAGAGAAUGGUGUGUCAUGGACAGGAGCGGUAGGAAAGCAGUGCAAGGAGGGUUAGCAGGAGGAAGCACAGCAUGAGAGAGUGGUGGGCGGAAAGCAUCUGAGGCUAAUAGUUACCUUACUCUUCCUGGUGCUAAGGCUUUCCCACACAGGCAGCCUGCGGUGCCACCUCCACACCCUGGCCCUGGUUGGAGCUCCUCUCCCUCAGUGCCAGACCCGUUCAUAGCUCAAAAUCAGUCUGAUUUGUGAAAGGGAUUUUGAGUUUUCCUGCAUUCAUCUGUUGGAUAUGUAUUGCUAAACGUUCAAUAUCAAACCAUUGGCCAGUGCCCCAACCAUCAUCUUUACACUUUUCAAACAGAAUUUCUUAAAACAUAGGUCCCAAUUCCUAUAGAGCAGAAAAGUGGUAAAACACUGGCUCAGCUAAGCAUCAUGGGUAUUUGCUUUAACUCAUAUCUGUUUUCAAAAUUGGAAGUUAAAUAGAAUCAAAAUGGAUGACUUCUCCUGGAAUUAACAUUACUAAGUUUCAGUAAUACUUACUAACAGACUGUUUGGGUGUUGCAGCUGCCUUGGUGUCAUAACUUGACAUUUCCCUGGCUAUCUUAGCCCUGAACAAGUCCGUCCGACAUUGCUUACAGCUGCAACACCCACGUGGUUUGGUGCAACAACCUCCUCCACUUUAUCUGCUGCUUCCUGUGCUCUACUUACGAAACGAGAACUCGGCCACGUGGGCACACGCAAUGAGCCGCAGCACCUCUGAACAAGAACAAGCAAGUUGCUGGGAGGAGUGUGAACAGCAAGUGUUACCCUGCUCAAAACAUUAGCCAGUAGAUGUUCCUGUUGGGCUUAACACCGAGCGUUUUCCAUGAAGCUUCUCCAUCUGAUGGUACAGCUGAAAAGCAAACCAGCAGCUGUGUUUGUUUGGUUUGUUGACGGGCACAGUUUUAAAACAGGCUUCCUGUUCUUUGACUGGCUCUGGUCCUGGGAUAAGAGGUUUCAGAAGAAGAAAAUGCAAUACGCUCAUUUUAUGGGUGCUGUGAGCCAGUCCUUAAUGGAAGGAUGAAGAGGGAGAGUGACUACUAUAAGGUGUCCUGAGAAGUGUCUUUUCAUUUUAAAAAUAAUAUCUAGCUUAGUCUGAUGCCCAGUGCCUCCUGAAGGGUUAUCCAGGCUUGCCUCUGGCUUCUUUCAAGGUCUGUUGCAGUCUCUGUUUAAACUUCUCGUACUUCCUUUGCA